GACAUUUCUUUCCUCUAUUCUCGCAAUUGUUCUCUCGAAUACCGAUUCAGGGGCAUCGCAGACCUUCACAGCGAUGAGUACAACGCCUUGACCUCACCUGACCGCCCGCAUGGCGAGGUUCCAGCGCAGGCAUGACACAAGCAUUCUUACAGUCUGAGCUGACAAGCCUCAUCUCAGACUCCAAGCGCAAGCACAAUGAUGUUCGCACUGCAGCUGAACAGUCUCUUACCGACUUGCGGGGCAUAUCAGUGACAUCGGAGACUCAGCUCGCCGGAGACCUGCUCCGGCGCCAACAGUUCAUUGACCCCUUUGUUCUGGCAUGCAAAUCCAAGAACCUCAAACUUGUGAGCAAUGGCACUGUAUGCCUACAACGCCUGACUGCCAGCAAGGCGAUUGCUCGCCCAAGACUGCCCGAUCUUCUGGAAGCCUUUCAAGAUGCUGUCUCAACUGGAUAUGAGCCGCAACUCAAAAUCUUGCAGACGCUCCCCUCGCUUUUGCAAUUAUACGCUUCUGAUAUCCAUGGAGACCUCCUUGCAAGGACUCUGGAGAUAUGUGUCGCCUUACAGUCAAGCAAGAACCCCAUAGUCAACAACACUGCGGCUGCUACGUUUCAGCAACUGAUUACCACCGUCUUCGAUCAAGCACAGAGAGGUCAACGUGAACAGGAUCUUCAGCAAAGUGAUGCCCUCGAAAACCGAGAGGAUAAUGAUGAUUACGGUGAUUCAUCUUCUGAUGCAAUUCGUCUUUUCGACGACUUCUGCCUAUUGCUUGACCAGCACCCUGCCCGGUUUUUGAAACUUCAAGCACUUGCUUCUGAAUUUUUGCUCGAGACUAUUCAGACAAUCUUGUUCAGCUAUGGGUCUUUCAUUCUGUCUCGCCCAACGCAGGUUGAAAUAUGCAGAGAGCAUCUCCUAGCCGGACUAACUCGGCAAAUAGCCAGAAAGGACGCCUUCACCACAAUGGUUCGCUCCCUAGCAAUCCUGUCUUUGAUGAUCAAGACCUCUGCAGACUUGUUCAAGGACCAAUUGCCAGAGAUCUUCAUGAUUCUCAUGAACGCAAUCGACAAAGACGGAAGUCAGCCAUGGAGACGAGCUCUCAGCCUGGAGUUUUUCCGUGAAACCUUUGCAGAUUUCGUAGUCUUGAGAAGGCUCUUUGAGCUCUUCGACAAUGUUGGUGAGGUCAAGAUUGUCGGUCAAAUUUUGGCUGCUUUUGUACGAAUAGCCUCCGAGGAUCCUUCGUUGAUCGGUCUAGGGCGCCAGUCGACCGUUCCUUUACACCGAACCAAUGACUCUGCGAGUGAGGAAGCGGCAUCGAUAGAGGCUCAAGGCUUGGGUGGCGCCAUCACGACCGUCUCCUCUGCAGACACCACUACCACUGGUAUCAGCGUAGAGUGGAGCGUAAUUACCACUCCGCUGUUACAACAACCAGAAAAGCACAACCCGCCUUCCAUUCCGAGCACCUAUGUCUAUACACUAGCCCUGGAAUGUACUGCAUCAUUCUGCGACGGUCUUUCGAAAUUCAUCAUGCCACUGAGCGUCCCAAAUCGAAAUGUACUGCGGCAGUCCGCCGAGGAAUCACGGAGAGACAGUAUCUCAAAGGACAACGCGGGUGAUGAGCCAACCCGCAAACCAAGUCGAUCUUCUACCUCUUCCCAAAAGUAUCAGAGACUGAUCAACCCUCUGAACCUGAGCAAACGCCCCCUGCUAGCACAAGUACAGCUCUGUGCAGCCAUGAUUGAGUCUUGCUGGCCAGCAGCGCUUGCGACAUGCUCAACGUUCCUCAAUGCAGCCUUGGAUUCCGAGUUUUAUCAUAUUCUCAUCAGAUCGGUCCAAAAGUUGGCACAGGUGUCAGGGGUCUUGGAGCUUUCAACACCUAGAGACGCCCUGUUGACAACGUUGGCAAAGGCUUCUGUGCCCGCCAACGCGAGCAGCGUUGUAGCAGCAUACCAGAACUCGAAGCGAGGAAUAGUCGCCACUAGCGAUCAUAACGAUAACCAGGAACCAACUCCUAAAUCACUACAAGAGCCUUCACAAUCUUCGGGCUUCCAGAUCAGCAGUCCGCCACUCAAUGUCCGGCAUCUGCUCUGUCUCCGCGCCCUGUUAAAUCUCGGCAUUGCAUUGGGGCCAACAUUGGAGCAAGAGACAUGGUUCAUCCUGGUGGAGACUGUGCAGCAGGUAGAAGCAUUGAUGUCAAUACCGAUAGUUGGGACAGCCAUAUCACACGCAGGAACUCCCAAAAUAGGGACUACAGGCGAAGAAAGUCAAACAACUCUAGCUGGAGAAAUUGCUGCUGUUCAGGCUGCUACCAAGCGCAUGCUAGAGAGCACACGUGGCUACAGCGACUCGGCAUUUACUGCCAUUGUCAAUGCUUUGUUCCGACUCCUUCGGACGAACGAACCAGAUACCCCGUCAAUCACUUCCCCGGUCACUUCGCCAGGCCCGGCUACAAAGUCGGGAACAUCAAGACCAAUGGGCCAUAGCAGUCGAAGCAUGUCAAGUCUAUGGACAAGAUCGAGAUCCAUCGGAAUGGAGAUUGAAUUCGUGCUGAAUAAAAUCAGUGAACUCUCGCGGGUCAACCUCCUUCGCUUUGCCACUGUGGAUGAACACGAAUCUUCAUGGGAUCUUAUCGGGUCCAGACUGCUGAGCUUGUGUCAAGAUAGAACCCUGUUGGGUGACCACAGGAUUCAGGCAGCGAGUAUUCUAGAUUUGAUUUCGAUGGAAACGGUCAAAGUUCUUGACGACCCUCGAUACGAUGGAGGCGAGGCUGAGACUGUCAGGGGCUGGUGCCUGCAGGCCCUGUCUAAUCAGCUCAAAGAUCUGGACCUGGUCAGCGCCAAUAGAGCCAGCGAUGCCGACUUUGAGAUUCACAAGAGACUAAUGGAAGCCUUGGAAAGCAUCGUAAGUCAUAGCGGAGAGUCGCUAAACGAGAAUUGGCCCGCUGCGUUGGACAUCAUUGCCCAAUCUUUUUCAAUGGUGGAUGACGGAACCUCAAAGACGCAGCCACCUCGGAUAAGCGAUGACGACAAUGAGGACGAAAGAGCACACAUUCUUCGUGUUCAGUUCCGAACGGUGCAGUUGAUGACAUCCGACUUCCUUGGUGUCCUAUCAAGCACGUCACUCGCAAGUAUCGCUCGACUGCUGCGACAAUUUGGAUCCCAGACGUAUGAUCUUAACAUCGCCCUAACCAGCACGACUCUUUUGUGGAGCCUUGCCUCGCAAACUCUCGAUAGGGCUGAGCAGAUUGAUAUCACACACGGUGAGACGGACCAGUCCACAGAAACAAGCGUCGAGGAAGUCACAACAACAGAGUCACUUUGGGCUCUUACCCUGAGCCAGCUUGUUGGGCUUUGUAAAGACGACAGACCUGAUGUCCGCAAUGCUGCUAUCAGAAUUCUCACGAAAACACUAGAUGCGUCGAGUGAAAGCUUGACUCCAAACACUUGGGCUGCUAUCCUUGAAAUCGGACCUUUGAGUGCGAUUAGAUAUUGUGUUGAGCAGUACUCGACAAAUUAUGACGAACAAGAACAGUGGAUGUUGUCGAUGGAACAACUUACCGAAGGCGUCACCCAAAUCAUUUCUCAGAAUCUGCCAGUCAUUGGAGAACACAAAAGUUUCGAGGAAACGUGGGCUGCUAUCAUGUCAGUGUUUGAGUCGGUUCUCCAAACGCCUUCUUUGACCGCUGCAACUUUGGCAUUUUCCAAUAUCCACAGACUUUUGUCCGUGAUACCAUCUCUACGGAGAGUGGACGGACCGCUGGUCGUGCCAACAUUACGCUUGUGGGCGACAUAUCAUCCUGCAGAUCUUGCUUCUGACGAGAAUUCACCCAAUCAGCCAGCUUUUACCGCACAUGCUCACACUCUCGUGGUAGCGUUCAAGACCAGUUCUCAAGCAGUAAGUAAAUAUCGACACGACGGGAAAUCCAUGGAUAUAUUGCUACGUGAAGCAACACAAAAGACUAUUCUCUCUGCAAGUCACCCUCCAUAUACAAGCGACGUCAAAGAGCCGGCUUCUGAACAACGGGAAGUAAUUGAAUGCCUGGGGAUCCUCAAGGCUAUUCUUCAAACGGAUGCAACAGGGUACUCCGAACAUAUUCUGGAGCUUUUACGCCUGAUGCUGGGAAUUGAAAAUGGAAAAGUCAUUAAGAAUCAUAAGAAGGCGGCGAUGACGAAAUCUUUUCAACGACCCACAUUCACAGCCUUUGCAUCGGCAUGUAUCGACAAUAUUAGACUUCUGGUUUUGGAAAAUGCUAGUAGAGGAGAACUAGUCGCGCACUUGCCCAUUGGCGCGACUUUCGAAAUCCUGUCUGCAACAAUCGGGACCAAGUACACGAGCAUUCCGACCAACAACCAAGCGCCACUCUGGCGAAACGCCACAGUGACUGCUGUUGUGAUUCUUGAAGCAAUAACGACAGAAAGCAAAUCCCAUGGAACUGCUGAACAGGACGGUUCUCUUUCCACGAUAUCAGAACCGUUGAUUGGCCUGAGUCAGAACAUGCUAGGUCCUGGUGGACUGACAGGAACAGAGGCGAGGUACAAGGAAGAAACUUUGAUCGAGGAUGAAACAUUUGAUAUUGAGCAUUUCCAACUUCUCCACCGGAACAUCGUCACCCUGUCGCAGAGCGACAGAUUGACAGCCCAGACGUGUAGACGAUACGCUGUUUCGGUUUUCAAUGCUUCUCUUCUAGCCAAGCCCUGGUUCAACGACAUGCCUGAGGAUCUCGAGAAGACACCGUUACAAGGCCUGUUUAUUCUCCGAGCGGGAAGCGUUCAUCGACCGGUCUUCCCUAGCCGAAGAAGAAUCUGCUAUGCAGCUCUCGACGCACUAUUUAGCCUUGUCAGGCAGAAGGAAGUGAAUGCAACUUCAAAUGAGCAGCCUCGCCCGUCACAGACGCUCUCCGAAAACGCUGCACCGUACCUUUUACUCCGCGUCGUCCACCCAAUCAAGACGUUCCUUUCAGAUCAACGCUUGCGAGGACUGACUCCCCCGCCAGUAGCGCAACAGGCUGAAUUACACACCAUUCUCUCCAAGUUUGUUGACCUCCGCAGCAACGGGCGAGCGCUUCUAGCAGCCACGGCCGCGGGCAAAUUGGGCGGCGACCAGGGCCGUGUGCUAGGCCAACGGGGCACGGUCGAGGACGGCAAAGAGCAUCUUCGCAUCCUGUACCCUUUGCUCCUGCAGGUGUCCAAAUUCUGGCGAGAUCUCCCCCGUUUGAGUGGUGAAGGUGCUUGGCAGGCAGAUGAAGCGGGACGUGGCAUUGAGGUGGCCCUGGAGAAGUGGACUGCCUCCAUCAGUGAAGGAUGGUGAUGUUCCAAUAUUAGAUACGAAUCAAAAGCCGAGGGGAAAUACAGGUGAUAGAGGAAAUGUUCGAGAUAUCUGCUAGAAAAUGAAAAACAAGGUUCGUGUCAAUUCUGGGCAGUAGCUGAACCUCAUAAGGUGGUCUAUGGCGGGAGAGCUUUUCCAAAUGACCUCUGAUCGUUGGAGAGGGGCAUUCUAUGAGUGCUCCGUCGAUUGGGCGAUCGUACGAGGAGCUCGAGUUUCACACCAUUUCCAUUCGAGCUGACACAAUCGAUACUGGCGAAGUAUACCGGUGAACCUCACCAUGAC